AUGGUUUCACAUAGUAAGACGUGGGAAGGGAAUAAGAACUUUAAGGUGUAUAGUGAAAUCUAAAAGUGUUUUUCAGGAAAACAUCAUUACGAACCUCGAAGAGGCUAAAAGGUCCUGCUACGAUCUUGGUCGACAGCACUCGGCCUACGGUUCUCAGCCUUUGAAGGUGAGAAAAAAAAAACUUCCUUUUCCAAAGAAUCACUUGAUUAUGUUAUAUUGCAGGCUAGGACUUUUUCAUAAAAUUUCAUGAACCUACAAAAGAAACGUUUUGAAGUCACAUACCUCAUUCAUCUCAACUUAAAACUGUCUGACUUGUCUCAGUUCUCCUGUUCCCUCAUCUAUAUGGCUAGACAUGAGAGAGCGCAGAGAAGCGAUAUUUGGAAAAAAUAUAGUCUGUUCAGAUUUUGAAUGUCAAGCCGUCGCUCAAGCUCCGCCCCUAAUUGCGCCAUGAACCAAUCCGAGAGCGAGCCAUCCACAGAGCGUUUUUUAAUGACGUCAUUGUACUUGACAUUCAAAAUAUGAACAGACUAUAUGGUUUCUGCGCCAUUCGAUUUUCCUUUCUCUGACCCAUCCGGUUGAAAAUAAGAGCCCAGACAGACCAGACGGUAAUGAAUGAAGUUUUGGAGAAUCUCAAUUCAGAUCGCCUACUGGGAAGAGUUCACGCUGACGAUGAUGGCCACCUUGGAAGAGGGCUAUCCUCAGGUCGAGAAGGACGAGCUCAAAGCCUGGCACACUUUCCUGCACUUUAUCAACGAGAACAUGAUCGACGGCUACCAUGACGCAUUGCCUUACUCCAACAAGGCACCGUAA